AUGAUUAUUUAGUAUCUAAGUGCUUUGCUUUUAAGUUUUAUUUUAUUUAUUUAGGCUUAAAAUGUUUAAAAAUGUCCUUAAUUGAGAACUUAUGACAAUCCAAAGAGGGAUUAAAGCUUCUAUGUAAAAAAUUUCUUGAGAAUCCCUAAAACUAACAUUUUAGUUAUAAACACGAGCUAAUGGAACUACCCAAUUUCUAGUAUUGUAUAUUAUUAUGAUAUGUCAUCCUCUUCUGGAGAAGUGAUUAAUGUUAUAGCUCCUGACUUUCUGAUAGGAGAAAUGUAUUACAAUGAUCAAACUUAACAGUUAGUGAUAAUAAACUAAAAUAACUUGAUAUUUGCAGAUCCAUAUACUUUGAAAUCACAAUAAUCCUUUUCCUUUAUCAACAUUUCUUCACUAUAGUUAAUUUAGGGAACUAAUUAUGUUAUUUUAACUAGCUAUUAUAAUGUUUUGUAAAUAUUUGACUUUAUUCAGCAAUAAGUAGUUCUUCUCUUAGAUAAUACAUAAAUUCUUUAGACAUUCUCUGAUAAUUCUUAGCUUUAUUAGUAUUAUUCAAGCUUUUAUCAGCUUUCUACAGGCGAAUAUAUAAUAGUGACUACAAAUGAUAGAGGAAUAAUAACUUGGAGUGUAGAUCUAUAAAAUCUAACUUAUUCUUACAAUGGCUAUAUCCAAGAUUCUAUAGUAGAUUAAUAAGGAGAUGGAAACAAAUGCUUUACAAAACAUCCAACUUAAGAUAUAAUAUUUAUGGGUGGAAAAUAUUUAGUGGUAGCAGCAGUAAAAAUAAUAGAUAUCAAGAAAGGAGUUUAUUAAACUCUUUUCAAAUAGAGUAUUUAUUCAUACUAUUUAACAGAUAAUACUCAAAAUAUUGUUUAUGAUUUAUCAUUUUCUAACGGGAGCUAUUCUCAUACUCUUAUCAUCAACUCUUAAUACUAUGUUUUUCCAAUCUAUUUAUCAGCUAAUGACGAUUAUUCUUAAAUGAGUAUUUCAAGUUACUACUGGAUUUAAAUCACUUGCUAUUUUAAAUUGUAUAAAAUAUAAGAAAAUCCUAUUUUAAUUAUAUCUUCUGGUACAUAUAUCACAGUCUUUCAUUAUACCACCUACUAGUUUUAUUAUUACUUAUAUUUUGGUGGCGACACGCUAAGUAGAAGAUUUAUUAGACAGGAUGAUAUCAAUACAGAUAAAUACAUAUUUUUAUACCAAAAUUACCUUCUACUUUAUGAUGAUGGUUAUUUUGGAUAAUAUGAUGGAAAUAAUUAAAAACCUGAAUUAUCAGGUAACGUCAGAUAUUAAUAUGGCAGCUUUUACUCAGUAAAAAACUUAUUUGAUUGGUAUUUUAUCAAAAGUGGUGAAGAUGGAAGUAAUAGCUUUAUAUUUACAUUCCCAAUAUAUCCUCUUAGCCAAUAAAAUACAGCCAUUGACAUAACAAAUUCUUUUGGUUUGACAUGGGCAAGUAUAAAUUAAAAUUUAGAUCCAUUUUCAAUAUAAAAUAAAAUAUAUGUUGCUUUAGCUUUUCCUAAUAAAGCUAAUACAGAAAACUAUUUAUUUUAGUUAAUCAAUUGCCAAUCAACAACUGAGAGGUAUUUUUUAACUUCAAAUCAAAGUGAUGUUACAUCAAUCCAAACAGCUUUUGCAAUAGCUUCUUUAGAUGAUCCACAAAACUUAGAAUUAAUUGGAGUAGAUAAUAAUGGGACUGUUUACAUUUGGGAUCUAAGCACUCCUAAUUAUGAAUUUAAGUUUUCUUAUAAUUUUAGUAUUUGCAAAAACUCUUAAAUAGGUGAUAUUUUCAAUAUUAAUGGAUUUAAAAGAAUAAUAAUGUCGUGUGAUGAUAAUAAAGUUUACGCUCUAGAUUAUUUGUCUGGAAAUUAUUAGUAUUUAGCAAAAUUAACUAGCUAACCUUUAGCUUUAAGAGCCUUUUCAAAACCUCAGCUAAUAGCUUUAGGUGAUUUUAAUUCUGGAGAAGCUUUAAUCUUUAAACUGAAUUAAAAUUCAAAACUAUUCGAUUUUUUUUUACAACUCUAAUCAAAAAAAAUUUAAGACAAGUUAAUUUAUAUAGAAAUGCUAAGUGAUUACACACUAUGGAUUUAAUACACAGAUAGAAAUCUAUUCUACUCCAUUCAAGAUUGUCUCUCAAACUCUACUCUUUGCACAUAAUGUACCUAGUAAUAUUAUUUUAAUACAACAAAUCAAUUUGAUGUUAAUGCAGUUUAUGGUGCAGGAGCUGUUGACAAUCCUUAUACAACAUCUGACAAUUUCUUAACAGCAAUGAUCAAAGCUUAAUACUAUAAGUAAAUUGUUUCAGGUGUUUCUGAUAUGAGUGUUAAUAUUUACAUAAAUCCUGAUAAUGAGUAUAACUUAAACCCAAAUCUAAUGAAUUUCGAUUUUAAUAGUAUUAUUUCGUUAUUUUUUUUAAGUAGUAAGUAUGGCACUUAUGCAAGUUUAAAUUACUAAGGAGUUAUGAAAUUUAAUAAUUAUAAUUAAAUAACAAUUUAAGAUAUGAUCAUUAAUUUUACAUUGAAUCAGUAAAUUAAUUAAUGUGGAAUUAUUUUUUAGAAUAUUGGGUAAAAUGCUAUUAUUAAUAAUAUCUAACUUAAGAAUCUAAAUAUUAGUUUAUCUUAAAUUAAUUGUUAAUCUAUUUAAGUUGACUCUACUUAGCUAAUUAUCUAAAAGUACAAUUUAUCAAAUGAAGAUUUUAGUUAUCACUAAUCAAUAAUCGCAGCUUUUAACUCUAGUUAUAUUUAAAUUUAUAAUUUGUCUUUAAUUAACUGUACUCUUGGGAAUUAGUUUAGCAUUCUGUAGUAGUAAUCUAAUAUCUAAGCUAAUGUUAAUAAUCUUCUGAUUUCUUAAAAUACUUGUUUUUAAAAAAGCGAUGAAGACGACAAAAAUUAAAUUUCUAUCCUAUUUUAAGCUGGCCUCUUUGCAGUCAGUAAUAUGCAAAUGAAUAAUAACACUAUUUGUAUGAAAUCGAUAUUUUCUACAGUUGCUACUGUUGACUAAGUAAACUAAACUUUUUAAUUUACUAAUAUUAGCAUAGCUAACAAUAAAUUUUAAGCUAGAACAACCUAUGUAUUCUUUGAUGCUUUGUAUUCAAUGAGAUCUUCACCAUCUCAUUAACUUAUACUUCAAAAUUUAGAUUUUGAUAGUAAUUUCUUGAUAAAAAAUAGCUCAUUUGAUUUAGAUUCAGCUUAGCUAUUUGAAACCUACAAGAUAGCUACACUUAAUGCAUAAAAUAUAACUAUGAAAAACAAUUUAAAUAUUUAAUUUGGCUUAAUUUAAAUUGCCAAUACAGUUAAUAUUAGUUUAUUCUCAUGCUUAAGUGAUAAAAAAUACUUUGAUUAAGUUUUAAACAUUGCAACAAGUGGUUGCUUUUCAUUAAGUGAAAUUUACUAAACAAUUAUUACUUAAAAUAAAUUAUAUUCAAUGAGAGUAUAAGACAUUAAUUUAAUAUCAUUAGAAAAUAAUUCUGUUUUAUAAGCUACACUACAAAUUUUUGAUAGUAAUUUCACUGAUUUGAUUUUAUAUCAAUAAGGAAAAAAUACUUAAUCCAUUCCAAUCCAAAUAUCCACAACUUAUAAUAUAGAAAUAUAGAUAAAUAAUUGCAAUUUUUAAAAUAUACUUCUUUAGAGUAUUUAAUACACAUAAACUUAUUCAUCUAUAGCAUUAUGGAUAGUCAAUUAUUAAGGAUCUGUCUUAAUUAAAAAAUCUUAUUUUUUAGAUUCGUACAGCAAUUCUUAAUAUGGCUUCGCUUAUAUAGAAACAAGCUAAUUAUCUAUGGACUAAAUCAAUUUUAGCAAUUCUACCUUUAUAAAUAAUUAAUCAUUAACUUUAUAUAAUUCAAUUGGCUGCAUGGUAUAUGCAAAAGCAGAAAAUAUAUCAAUUACAAACUGCAAUUUCAGUAAAGCAACAGCUUCAAAAGGAGGUUUUCUUUACUUAGUAUCAUCUGCAGAGAUAUUAAAUCUUUAAUUUAACAACGUCUAUUUUACUGAAGGAUAUGCUUCUGUAGAUGCAAGUGCCAUUUUUAUAGAUACAAGUGGACAGAAAUUAAAUUUCAGUUGUUUGAACUGUAGUUUCAGUAAUCUAUUCACAUUACCUCUUUUAUCAUCAGCUAUACAAUUACAAUAAUAUUAGUAAAGUUCAGUUUAUGCUAUUUAUUAAAUAACAUUUGAUGGUGGAUUGAUUUACAACAUAUAAGGUGUUUCAGAUAAUUAUUUUAUUUCUCUUUAAUCUUCAGAAAUAUAAUUUUUCAAUAUAAUUCAAAAAAAUAAUUAACCAUUUUAGUCAGAUUCUUUACCAUAUAUUUUUUAUUAAGGUUACUAAAAUAAAUAGUAAUCAACAUUAAUAAAAUUAACGAAUUCAUAAGUUUAAUUAAAGAAUUGUACUAUCUCUGAUUUAUCUGUAAAAAACCUUGAUUCAAAUAUACCUCUUCUUAUUCAAUCAUAAAACUCAACUGUUUAAAUAUUUAAUUCCUCAAUUUCGGAUUGUAGCUAUGUUAAAAAUUUCAUAAAUAUUUAAGGAGGAUCGAUUUUGUUAGAUAGUGCAAAAUUUUUAAAUAUUAAUUAACAAUCAAGUAAUAGAAUUUUAAGUGAAUUGAAAGAAACUUAACCUUCUAAAGAUUCAACAUCUUUAAUAAUGCUAUAAAAUAGUUAAAUCUAUAUUUAAAAUAAUUGCAUUUUUUAUGAAUUAAACUGCUAAAGUUGUAACGGAGUUAUUUAACUGCAAAAUGGCAACCUUAAUAUUGAUAAUUCUAUCUUUAACUAAACAAGGAAUCAAUUUGGUGGAUUUUUUUUUAUUAAUGGACUUCAAGGAAAAAACUCCAUUUCAAAUAGUAUAUUUUAUAAAUGUUAGUCUUAGUAUGAUGGAGGUGCUAUGUACAUUCAGUCAUAAUACACAAAUGCUUUUCAACUGAAUAUUGAUAAAUCAAUCUUUUAGAAUAAUACUUCAAUAAAUGGAAAAGGUGGAGCUAUUUUUAUUUAUUCUGAAAAUCUUAAUCCUCCAAAUAGUUCGGCUUUAAUUUCUGAAUCAAUUUUUGUUUCUAAUUUUGCAUAAAUAGCUGGAGCAAUUUAUUAAUAAAAUAUUUCUGCAUAAUUAACAAAAAAUUAAUUUGAAGGAAACGUUGGAUAUAUAUAUGGUAGCAACUUAAUCUCUUAUGCAAGCAAAUUAAAUUUGGUGAAUUUAGAAUAAUUUCUAACACUAAACAAAGGUAAGUAGAAUUAAUCUAUAGAAAUUAUGGAAUUUAGAAGUGGUGGUUCAUUAAAAGAUAUCUAGUUUUAAUUAACAAAUGAAUAAAAUGAAUGUAUUAUUCCUAUUACUUAUGAAGAAAUUUAAUCUUACAAAAUUUAAGUUAAAGUAAAUCCUCAUACUCAGAAUAUCCAAAGUUAUUAACUAAGUGGAGAUGAGUAAGUCAGUUUCAAUUAAACAUCCUAAUCAUUUUCUUUCUCAUAACUGACUGUUGUAGGAACACCUAAUUCUUCAGUGAUUCUAUAGUUUUAUUCUGACCAAAUUUAUACUUUAAAUAAACAGACAAAUUUAUACGAAUAAAAUUACACAUUCGAUGUAAACGUUUAUUUUAGGGAUUGCAUUUCAGGAGAAUAAAAGACUCAAUAUAAUUUAUUAAUUUAAUGUGAUAUAUGCAAAAAGGGAUAAUACUCAUUUAAUGUUUAAUAGUGUUAAGAAUGUCCAAAGGGUGCUGAGUGUCUUGGUGGCGAUUAGAUAGUUACAAAUUAUGGUUAUUGGAGAAGAUCUGGUGAUGUAGCAAUAAUACUUUCUUGUGAAAAUUAGGAAUCAAACUGCGUUGGAGGUAGCUUCGGAAAUAAUAUUUGCUAUGAAGGACAUAUUGGUGCACUUUGUGAAGAAUGUGAUAUUGAGGGUCAGUUUUGGGGAGAAAAAUACUCUAAAACAGCUAAAUAUUCAUGUGCAUUAUGCAGUAAAAUGUAAUAUAAUUCAUGGAUUAUUGUUGCUUUGACAUUUUGGACGUUAUGCUCUAUGCUGAUUGCAAUUAGAGGAAACAUUUCUUCUUUGAAAAUUGAAGCUGCUUAACUUGCAAUUAAAAGAACAGUUAUGAAUAUUAGGAAUAGAGGAAUUAGUUAAAUAACAGAUAACCAAAUAAACAAAUCUCUCAAUGCAAGUUAAAUUUAAAAAAAUGUUACACAAUAGUUUUAAAGAUAGAUUACUAUUUCUUAAAAAAAUAAAAAUGCUAACUUUGAAUAAAAAUAAGCUGACUCGAUGAAAUAAAGUAUUUGCAUAAAAAUGUUUACAAAUUACUUCUAAAUUGUAGGUUCGAUUGCUACAUUCAAUCUUACUAUUCCAUCAGGUAUUUUUGAGCUUCCUCAGUCUGUUGGGAAUCCAAUAAAAUAAACUAUGAGUUCAUUAGAUUGCUUACUUGUUAAGAUAGAGACAGAAAUACCAAUAAUAUUUUUCAGAAUGAUUUUUUCUUAGAUUAUUCCUAUUUUAUAUCUGAUAAUAUUUUUUUUAGGGCUUUUGGUUUAUCAUUACUGGAUAAAUAAAAAAAAGGAAGCUUUUCCAAUUUAAAGUAUUUCUACUGCUUCAAUGUUUUUAAUAAUUUACACUUAACCUGAUAUAGUUGCUUAGAUAAUAGCAUUACUAUCUUGCAGAAAUAUUGGAGACAAAAGCUACAUUUUAUCAAAUGUUUCUUUUGAGUGUUAUACAAGUUAGCAUAUUAAGUACAUAUUAGCUAUUGUUCUACCUUUAUUGAUUAUUUGGUUGUUUAUCUUGCCUAUAACUUUGUUUGUUUUAUUGAAAAAAAAUUAAGAUCAGCUUGAAAGUACAAAAAUUAAACUGAAAUAUGGGUUUCUUUAUAUUGAAUACAAAAACUAAGCUUUUUAUUGGGAGUUUGUAAAGAUGGUAGAAAAAAUAACAAUAAUCCUAUCACUUAAUUUUUAUUCUUAAAUGAUUAUUAUAAAAGGGAUUUUAGUUUUUCUUAGCAUUACACUUUAUGGAAUUUUGACUAUCAUGGUCAAGCCUUAUAAGGAAGAAGAAAUAAACUAAAUUGAUAUAAAUUCAACUAUAGUCUGUUCUAUUACAGUUUUACUUGGAAUAUUUAUCUAUCAAAAUCCUUUCCCAUAUUUUUAUUAUCCCUCAUUUGGAAUUAUUUUACUAAUUAACUCUAUUUUUAUAAUUUCGGUUUUAAAAGAAAUUAUCUAUAAUUAUUAUUUGUUAUUUAAGUAAGUUAUUAAAAAUUUGAUAGUAAAACUUUCAGUAAAAAUUCAUUUGCUCAAACGUUUCACAUAAACUGAGAAUAAUACUAAGAAGCUUAAUCCAGAAAUAAAAGCUAAAAUUAAAAGAGCAUUUUAAAGAUACUUAGACAUGAAUAUUGAAUAAAGAAAAUAGUUUUUUAUAAAAGUUUUGGAAACCUAACUAAGUAAAAUUUUAUUAAUUAAUUAAAUGUGCAUUUUAAAUAAAAAAUCUUAAAAAUUAAAAUAGACAUGA